CUGCGGGGGGCGGACACCAGUCACCAGCGUCACCAUGGGGUGCGGACUGCGCUGGCCGCCGCUGGUGCUGCUGUCGGCGCUGGGGCUGCUGCUGUGGGCCGCCAGCACAGAGGCGCUCACACAAGGAUUACGCCGGUCGGGUCCGCCGCCGCCCUGCUCCGACCACUGCCUGCCCGGCCAGGACUGCCGCGUCGGACGGCGCAGCGGCCGCGUCUUCUGCCUCGGGGGACUGACGAGACUCAACGACGACGACGACGACGACGAGGUCACAGCCGGUGGCCGUCGCUGCCGGUGCCGCACGAAGAAGGGAAGACGCUGCCGGAGGCGCCGCUCCAGCUCCCGCUCCAAGUCCAGGUCACGCUCCAGGUCGCGGUCGCGCUCGAGGUCGCCGUGUGUCUGUCUGUGUGACCGGGUGGCAGUGCGCGGCAGGCGCCCGGUGACGCCCCAGGUCGUGUACUCGGCGCGGCUGGCGAGGUCGCCCACCUUCCCCGGGGCGGCGGCACACCGGUUCGGAGGGCCUCAGUCGUUCGGGCCGCUCCGGCCGCCCAUCUACCGGGAGCAGUUUCAGCGGCGACAGCAGCCCGCGUCCUACCACCACCAGCAGCAGUACCACCACCAGCAGUACCACCAGCCUCAACAGCCGUACCAUCAGCAGCAGCCGUACCAGCCUCAGCUGCCCCGACUGCGCCUGCAGCCGCUCCGUCCGGCAGCAGACAGCGGCUGCAGCCGCUCCGCCCGGCAGCCGACUGCAGCCGCUCCAUCCGGCAGCAGACUGCAGCGCCUGCAGCCGCUCCGCCCGGCAGCCGACUGCAGCGCCUGCAGCCGCUGUAACCAGCAGCCGGCUGCAGCCGCUCCGUCCGGCAGCCGACUGCAGCCGCUCCGCCCGGCAGCCGACUGCGCCAGCAGCCGCUGUAACCAGCAGCCGGCUGCAGCCGCUCCGUCCGGCAGCCGCCUGCAGCCGCUCCGCCCGGCAGCCGACUGCGGCUGCAGCUGUCAGAGAGCGCCACAGCCUCGCGUGCUCCCCCUCACCCCGCCCGCCGAGCCCCGACUCUCUGCCUCCGUGCGGGUCGGCCGCUGA